AUUGAGCUUCAAAUAAGCGAGACAGAAAGACAUGUUUUAAUCUGACCAUCAAAUCAAGCUUACAUAAAUGCAAGUUUAGCUGAACUCUCAACAUUUUCUUCAGCUACAAUGGAUUAUGAUAUCCCAUCUCCAUCUGAGCUCAGGAUUGUGUUGCUGGGGAAGAAUGGAGUUGAAAACAGUGCUGUGGGCAACAUGAUACUGGGCAGGAAAGCAUUUAAAGAGACUGGCACAAGAGUGAGUGAAGUGCAGAGAGGAAGAGUAGAAAAUCGAAACAUCUCAGUUAUUAACACUCCUGGAUUCUUCAACACUGCAUUGACUGAUGAAGAUCUACAGAAUAAAAUGACAAAGAGUCUUUAUCUCUCUCGUCCUGGUCCUCAUGUCUUCCUGCUGAUAGUCAGACCAGACACAUUUACUGAAGAUGACGUGGAAAAGAUUCUUAAAAAGACUGAGAUGAACUUUGGAGCACAAGUGUUCAAGUUCACCCUAGUGCUGUUUAUUAGAGAAGAAUUGUCAAAUAAAGAAUGGAUGGCUUUUAAGUUCGGUAAAAAAUUUCAGGAACUCACUGGCCAUUGUAAAGGUAAAUAUCAUGUGAUAAACAUUGAGACAAAAGAGAUUACAACACUACUGGAAAGAAUCGAGGAACUUGUCAAACAAAAUGAUAACCAGCAUUACAACCAUGAGAAUUAUGUAAAGUUGCCACCAAUUCAAAAACAGGAGCAGAAGGAAACAGUUCAGGUGGAGAAAACAGCAUCUUUUUCUGGGACAGAUCAGAGAUUCACAUAUACACCACCAGUGAAGCCUCCUGCGGCCAGACCACGUACAGAUAUAGCAUCUGGUGUAAUGCAUUUGCCUCAUACAAGACUUCAAGAUCUGAGGAUCGUGAUGGUGGGAAAAUCUGGAGCUGGAAAAAGUGCAACAGGAAACACAAUCCUGAGAAACAACCUGUUUAAAGAAGAAAUGUCAUCUGAAUCUGUGACCACACAGUGUGAAACACAUCAGAAGAUGGUUGAAGGUAGAAACAUCUCAGUGGUCGACACUCCAGGACUCUUUGAUACAUCAAUGAGUGAAGAAAGGCUAAAGUCUGAAAUAGAGCAAUGCGUCUAUAUGUCUGCUCCUGGUCCUCAUGUGUUUCUGCUGGUCAUCAGACUGGAUGUGAGAUACACAAAUGAGGAGAAGAUGACUGUGAGAUGGAUUCAGGAGAACUUUUCAGCAGAUGCUAUGAACUAUGCUAUGGUUCUGUUCACUAGAGGAGAUCAGUUAGACAAACCAUUCGAGGAAUUUCUGAAGAGAAAUAAACCGCUGAAAGAACUAGUUGAUAAAUGUAAAGCUGGAUUUCAUGUUUUUAAUAACAAAGACAAAAAUCAAGCACAGGUUACUGAACUGUUAGAGAAGAUAGACAAACUAAUGAAAGAGAACGGAGGAGAGCAUUACACAAAUGAGAUGUACCAGGAAGCUGAGAGAAAAAUCAUAGAAGAACAGAAGAACAAGAGAGAGGAAGAAACGGAAGAGAGACAGCGAGAGGAAGAAAAAAGAAAGGGAGAGAAAACCACAGAACAGAGAUACAGAGAGGAAGAAAUAAGAAGACUAGAAGAUGAACUGAGAAACAAAGAGGAAGAACUAAGAAACAGAGAGGAAAAACUGAAAAACAGAGAGAAAGAACUAAGACACAAAGAGAAACAAGAGAAACUGAAACAGCUAUAUGCAGAAAUGAAGAGAAAUGAUUUAGUCAGGAUGUCUGUAAGGGGAAAAAGAGGUGACAGAGUUAUAGUUGUUGCUGUACCAGCAGAUUUAAUUCCUAAAGGUGCUGCUGCCAGAGAAGAAACAAGCAAAAAUGUUAUGACAGAUCAAGACAAAAUCACACUACUGCAAAAAUUAAACAAAAAUCCUGUUGAAUCUGAUUUACAGGAGCUCAGGAUUGUGCUGCUGGGAAAACAUGGAGUGGGCAAAAGUUCAGUAGGUAACAUGAUACUGGGCAGAAAGGCGUUUAAAGAGAUCAGCACAAGAGUGAGUGAAGUACAGAGAGGAAGAGUAGAAAAUCGAAACAUCUCAGUUAUUGACACGCCAGGAUUUUUCAAUACUGAACUGACUGAUGAAGAUCUACAGAAUGAAAUGAUAAAGAGUCUUUCUCUCGCUCGUCCUGGUCCUCAUGCCUUCCUGCUCAUCAUCAGAUCAGACACAUUUACAGAACGUGAUGUUGUAAAGAUCUUAAAACAGAUUCAGGUCAACUUUGGAAAAGAAGCUUUCAAGUUCACCAUGGUGCUGUUUACUGGCAAACAGGUGAUGUCCAAAAGAGAAUGGAUCGAGUUUAGGUUGGAAAGGAAAACUAGAGAACUAUUAAGCUUCUGUGAGGAGAAAUGUUAUGUGAUAAAUCAUAAAGGAAAGCGUGAUAAGAACCAGAUCUCAAAUAUGUUGGAGAAUAUUGAUGAAAUAGUGAAGAAGAAUGAUAGAGAACAUUCCACUCAGAUCUAUCAGAAGAUGGAGAAGAGAGAAGAAGAGACGAGGAGGAAAUCACAAGAAGAAAAAGACACAACUGAUAGGAAAACAGCAAAUCACAGCAGACCUCUGUGUUUGAUCAGAGAUGAAGAACAAAGUGUUCACAAAGACCAAAAGGUAAUAAAUGACAGAGAUGGAUCAUGCAGUCCAGAUAGAAGAUCAUCACAUACAGACAUAUGUUUGACUUCAGAAUUAAACACUUUAAAAACAGAUGUGAGGAUUGUGCUGCUGGGUAAAAGUGGAUCAUCUAAAAGUUCAACUGGAAACACAAUACUGGGCAGAGAAGUGUUUACAGUGAAUAAGAGAUUUCUUUCAGUUACUGAGACCUGUGAGAAACAAGAAGCAGAAGUGUGUGGCAGAAACAUAUCAGUGAUCAAAACUCCAGGACUGUUUGAUACAUCAGUGACAGAAAAAAAAAUGAAGUCUGAGAUUGAGAAGUGUGUGGAGAUGUCUGCUCCUGGUCCUCAUGUGUUUCUGCUGGUCACCAGACUGGAUAUGAGAAUCACAGAGGAGGAGAAGAACACAGUGAAAUGGAUUCAAGAAAACUUCUCAGAAGAUGCUCUAAAAUACACCAUUGUUCUGUUCACUCAUGUAGAUCAGCUGAAGAGUAAAUCAUUAGAUGAAUUUAUCAGCGAGAGUUCAGAUUUACAGACAUUCAUUGAGAGAUGUGGUGGCAGAUAUCACUCAUUUAACAAUGAAGAUGUGCGGAACCGCUCUCAGGUCACACAACUGCUUGAGAAGAUUGAGAAGAUGGUGGAGAGGAAUGGAGGGAAGCACUACGCUGAUGAAAUGUACGUUACAUUACAAAAGAAGAUUGACAAUGAGACAGAACAGAAAGCACAAGAAAACAGAGUUAAAUGGAUAAAGGGAGGGCUGUUGUUCCUAAUAGGAGCUCUAGCAGCUGCAGCAGUAGCUACAAGUGGACUGGAAGGAUGAAUUUUCAAAAAUAAUAAUAAUUAACUUAAAUAAUUAACAGAAAAUAAUGGCAGAAAACUGCAAACACAAACAAUAAAAACAACAGAAAAACAAGAAGCAUAUAAAUAAUCAAAUCUAUAUUCAAUUAUAUGCAGUUAUUUACUGACCCUGUUGAUGUUAUAUGAAUAGGAAUUAGGGAUUGGUUGCAGAUUUAUUUAACUUUUUAAUUUAUAUUUAUUUGCUUAAUGUUGUGUCUGAUUUUCUUUGA